AUGGGCAAGCGCGCCAAGCAGCCGUACGACGCCUUCCUCGUCCUCGACGUCGAGGCCACCUGCAUCCAGGGCGCAGGCUUCGACUACCCGAAUGAGAUCAUCGAGUGGCCCGUCUGUCUCCUUCGUUGGACCGACAAGACCAACAAGGGCAAAGCACGCACCCUCGAGGUCGUGGACGAGUUUCGCAGCUUUGUCCGCCCCACAUGGCGUCCCCAGCUCUCCUCCUUCUGCCAUGCCCUAACGGGCAUCACCCAGGAGCAAGUGGACGCUGCCCCCACCUUCCCAGACGUCCUCCAGUCCUUCCGCAAGUUCCUCGAGAAACACAAGCUCAUCGACGCCACCGGUCAGCGGAUAUCGCACUUCUGCUUCUGCACCGAUGGCCCGUAUGAUAUCCGAGAUUUCGUGGUGAAGCAAUGCUUCAUGUCCAGGAUAACGAUACCCCCGUGGCUCACCUGGGAUAUCAUGGACGUACGAAGAGUGGUGGGCGAGUGGCAAGACUCUGUCACAGCAUCCACCGCCGCACCCCGCCCGAACGGCGUGAUCUCGCGACCAAGACGAAUGACUUUUUCUCUGCAGCGCCAACUGCACGCGCUCGGACUCGCGCCUUUCGAAGGCCGCCAGCACAGUGGUAUCGACGACACACGUAACAUCAGCCGCCUGGUAGUUGAGCUGGCCAGGCGAGGCUGGAAGCUCGAGUCCAACACGUCCAUCAGCCCCAACCGCCGCUGGCCGUGGAUGGGCAAGCGGGGCAAGGUGCUCGAGGAGUAUUAUUCCUAG